ACUUGGGCAGCCUCGGUGUUCUCGUGGGGGAGGACAGCCCAGAGGCGCGGGGGUCCGCGCCCCUCUCCUCCCGCUGCCAUCCCGCCCAGCUGCCCGCCAACUCCAGGCCCGGACUCCCCGGGAGGAGGAGUGGGCACGGCCCGGGCACCCACCCGUGGCCCUCCCCGGGGUGUGGAAGCCAGUGAGAGGCAGGGAGGGGGAGACUUUAUAGAUGGGCUCCGGGAAGGAUAUUAAUUUGGUGGCGGGACGGCAGCCAGGCUGUCAGGCCGGAGAAGGAUUUGUGCCGAGUGGAAGUUAAAACAGCUGAUUGUGAAUGAAGCCGAGUCCACGGCCCCUCCUGCCUGCCCACGCCCCUGCAGCCCGGGGUGCAGUGCAGCCUCGCUGGGACGGGCUCAGAACCCAGCGUGGGCGCAGGGCGUUUGGGGCGUUUAGUUAGCGCCCCAGCCCCCGGGACACGAGGGUGCCUGGGGGUGGGUGUGGGGUUCCAAGUUCGUCCCACCUAAGAAGACUCAGUGCCUGACCCUGUUGUGAUGGCGGCCUUGGUGGCUGGGGCAGAGCGCUCUCCUUGCAUGAGGGUGGGCACGUGUCCCCAUUUUGCAGAUGAGAAAACUGGCCCGGAGAGGCUGAGCUCCCAGGCUGCCAAGUGGUGGAUUUGGAAUUUGGACCUCCAGCAGAGAGACUUCUCCACCCAGGUGAACUCCUCGUCCCUCAACUCCCCACCGGGGCGAGGCUCCAUGGCGGCCCCCUCGCUGCACCCCGCCCUGGGACCUGGCAUCGGCUCCUCGCUGGGCUCCCCGGGGCAGCUGCACUCGCCCAUCAGCACCCUGAGCUCGCCCAUCAACGGCAUGGGCCCGCCCUUCUCGGUCAUCAGCUCCCCCAUGGGCCACUCCAUGUCAGUGCCCACCACGCCCACCUUGGGCUUCGGCACGGGCAGCCCCCAGCUCAGCUCGCCCAUGAACCCCGCCAGCAGCAGCGAGGACGUCAAGCCCCCGCUAGGCCUCAAUGGCGUCCUCAAGGUCCCCGCCCACCCCUCAGGAAACAUGGCGUCCUUCACCAAGCACAUCUGCGCCAUCUGCGGGGACCGCUCCUCAGGCAAGCACUACGGCGUGUACAGCUGCGAGGGCUGCAAGGGCUUCUUCAAGCGGACCGUGCGCAAGGACCUGACCUACACCUGCCGCGACAACAAGGACUGCCUGAUUGACAAGCGGCAGCGGAACCGGUGUCAGUACUGCCGCUACCAGAAGUGCCUGGCCAUGGGCAUGAAGCGGGAAGCCGUGCAGGAAGAGCGGCAGCGCGGCAAGGAGCGCAGCGAGAACGAGGUGGAGUCCACGAGCAGCGCCAGCGAGGACAUGCCGGUGGAGAAGAUCCUGGAGGCGGAGCUGGCCGUGGAGCCCAAGACCGGGGCCUGCGUGGAGGCGAACACGGGGCUGCACCCCAGCUCGCCCAACGACCCCGUCACCAACAUCUGCCAGGCGGCCGACAAGCAGCUGUUCACCCUCGUGGAGUGGGCCAAGCGCAUCCCCCACUUCUCGGAGCUGCCGCUGGACGACCAGGUCAUCCUCCUGCGGGCCGGCUGGAACGAGCUGCUCAUCGCCUCCUUCUCGCACCGGUCCAUAGCCGUGAAGGACGGGAUCCUGCUCGCCACCGGGCUGCACGUGCACCGGAACAGCGCCCACAGCGCAGGGGUGGGCGCCAUCUUUGACAGGGUGCUGACCGAGCUCGUGUCCAAGAUGCGCGACAUGCAGAUGGACAAGACGGAGCUGGGCUGCCUGCGCGCCAUCGUCCUCUUCAACCCCGACUCCAAGGGGCUCUCGAACCCGGCCGAGGUGGAGGCCCUGCGGGAGAAGGUGUACGCGUCCCUGGAGGCCUACUGCAAGCACAAGUACCCCGAGCAGCCGGGAAGGUUCGCCAAGCUCCUGCUCCGUCUGCCGGCUCUGCGCUCCAUUGGGCUCAAGUGCCUGGAACAUCUCUUCUUCUUCAAGCUCAUCGGGGACACGCCCAUCGACACCUUCCUCAUGGAGAUGCUGGAAGCCCCGCACCAGAUGACUUAGGCCUGCUGGCCCGUCCUUCCCGCCCACCCGGGCUGGCCGCCCUGCCUGGACACCAGCUGCUCUUCUCAGCCUGAGCCCUGUCCCCACCCUUCUCCGCCUGGCCUGUGUGGACCUUCGGGUGCAGCCGGUCACUGCUCUGCCUGAGAGAUGUGCUGUCACCCUCCU